AUGGGUAGGCAGACUCAGGAGCGAGCUGCCAAUAUAGCUCAGGCCGCUGAGGCCGUUGCAGCUGCUGCUGUUGCCAAUCAUGGGAAUCAGGGUCAAGGUCAAGGACAAGCCCAAGGACCAGUAAAUGUGAAUAGGCAGAUGCCCCAGUUAGUAGAGCAAUUUUUGAAGUUGAAACCCUCAAAGUUUGAUGGUAAAGGCGACCAUGAGGCUGCAUCGCUUUGGGUAGAGGAAUUAGAAAAGGCCUUUGAGGUACUAGGGUGCACCGAAGAAGAGAAAGUAACCCUGGCGGUGUACCAGUUCCAAGGAAACGCAAGUGAUUGGAGGAAAGCUACCAGAGGAAGGGUGUUCCUUGCUGGUGCCACCCAGACUUGGGCGAUGUUUGUGGAAGUCUUCAAUGGUAAGUACUUUUCUGAGAGUGCCCGGGAACGAAAAUUAGCUGAAUUCAUGAGAUUGCGUCAGGGACAAAUGUCUGUGGAUCAGUACGAGGUAGAAUUUUCUAGAUUAUCCAAGUUUGCCCCAAGGAUGGUAGAGGAUCCUUUGGACAAGGCUCGAAGGUUCCGAGUAGAGUUCCCUAUAGAUGAACAGUAUACUUGGAUUAAGCACACCAGUGAGAUUCAGGUAGACGUAGGUGUCCCAGAGUGGCAGACUCACACUUAUACAGCCUGGACUUUCCGGGAUGGGGCAAAGGAAUUCGGGCCUGCUAGAGGUUUUGAUGCUCCCUACAAUGCAUUUGGAGACUGGGAUCCUUUUACCGUUCCUCCCCUUGAUGGUGAGUUGACUAGUACCGGCCCUGGCCCUGCAUAG